ACGUGAGCAACUGCUCUGUGUGAAACGGCGCUGCACGCGGCGCAGAGGACGCCGUCUCGGGAUGCGCAGCCUAAAUAAUGUGGAAUUAUCGUCAUUAAAGGGUUGAUUAAAAGUAUAAACAGCCCGACGUACUGUGAGCACACACGUUUAGAAAACAGACCGUGACGCCGCCAUGUUUAGACAAACGAAGUCUGCGCUGGGGAAACUCCGACAGCUCAGUUUCAAUGCACAGCAGCAUACAUGGAGGCUGAAUAGCUCUUCGGCGAAGGAGAGGGCAUGUCAGUACCGACCAGGACAGAAAAUCCACGGCUUUACAGUCAGAGAGGUUGUAGAGGUCCCUGACUUGUUCCUCACAGCCGUGAAGUUGACCCACGAUGCAACUGGAGCUCAGCACCUCCACGCAGCCAGAGAUGACUCCAAUAACCUCUUCAGUGUCCAGCUCAGGACGACCCCCAUGGACAGCACGGGGGUCCCACACAUCCUGGAGCACACGGUGCUGUGUGGAUCCAAGAAGUUUCCCUGCAGAGACCCGUUCUUCAAGAUGCUCAACAGGUCGCUGUCCACCUUCAUGAACGCUUUCACAGCCAGCGACUACACCAUGUAUCCGUUCUCAACCCAGAACCGGAAGGACUUCCAGAACCUUCUGUCGGUCUAUCUGGAUGCGGUUUUCUUCCCUUGUUUACGAGAGCAGGACUUCUGGCAGGAGGGCUGGAGGCUGGAGAACAAAACCCCCACGGACCUCAACUCCCCCCUGGUGUUCAAAGGAGUGGUGUUCAAUGAGAUGAAGGGGGCUUUCUCGGACAACGAGCGCGUGUACGCCCAGCACCUCCAGAACAAGAUGUACCCGGACCACACCUACGCCGUGGUGUCGGGCGGGGAGCCGCUGGACAUCCCCGACCUCACCUGGGAGCAGCUCCGACGGUUCCACGCCACGCACUACCACCCCAGCAACGCCAGGUUCUUCACCUACGGAGAUUUGCCGUUGGAGCAGCACCUGGAGCAGAUCGAAGCGGAAGCUCUGUCCAAGUUCCAACGCAUCGACCCCGACACCGAGGUCCCGCCGCAGCCGCGCUGGAGCAGCCCCAGGGAAGACCAUGUGACCUGCAGCCCUGACGCUCUGGCUCCUGACCCCGCCCGGCAGGACACGCUGUGUGUGAGCUACCUGCUGGGAGACAUCACCGACACAUUCGAGGGUUUCACCCUCGGCCUGCUGUCGUCGCUGAUGAUCUCCGGGCCGAACUCCCCGUUCUACAAGGCGCUCAUCGAGCCCAAGAUAGGGAGCGACUUCUCCUCCGUCGUAGGGUACGACGGCAGCACCAAGGAGGCGUCGUUCAGCAUCGGGCUGCAGGGGAUGGCCAAGGAGGACGCGGAGAGGGUGAAGCAGAUCAUCAGCCGGACGCUCGACCGCGUCAUCCAAGAGGGUUUUGCGGAGGAGAGGAUCGAGGCGCUGCUCCAUAAGAUCGAGAUCCAGAUGAAACACCAGUCCACCAACUUCGGCCUGUCUCUGGCCUCGUACAUCGCGUCCUCGUGGAACCACGGGGGCGACCCGGUGGAGCUGCUGCAGCUCAGCGACAGCGUGGCAAAGUUCCGACGGGCCCUGAAGGAGAACCCGCGCCUCCUGCAGGACAAAGUGCAGCACUACUUCAAGGACAACACCCACAGGCUGACCCUGACCAUGAGCCCAGACGAGGCCUACCUGGAGAAGCAGGCCGGGGCCGAGGAAGAGAAGCUGCAGAAGAAGAUCUCAGCGCUGACCGCCGCGGACCGGAAAGAGAUCUACGAGAACGGUCUGGCGCUGCUCGCGGCUCAGAGCGAGACGCAGGACGCUUCCUGUCUGCCGGCGCUCAAAGUGUCCGACAUCGAGCCCACCGUGCCCGUCACGCCGGUUCAGUUCGGCGCCGCCGGCGGCGUGCCGGUCCAGUUCUGUGAGCAGCCGACCAACGGGCUGGUCUACUUCCGGGCCGUGUGCAGCCUCAACACGCUGCCGGAGGACCUGCGGCUCUACGUGCCGCUGUUCUGCAGCAUCGUGACCAAGAUGGGCAGCGGCGCCCUGGACUACAGGCAGCAGGCCCAGCAGAAGGACCUGAGGACGGGGGGCAUGUCCGCGUCGCCCCUGGUCACCAACGACUCCACCCAGCUGGACAUGUACGAGCAGAGUGUCCUGCUGUACUCGUCCUGCCUGGACAGGAACCUGCCUCACAUGUUUGAGCUGUGGAGCGACAUCUUCAACAGCCCCCGCUUCGACGACGUGGAGCGCCUCCGCGUGCUCGUGAUGAUGUCGGCGCAGGAGCUGGCCAACGGCAUCUCCGACUCGGGUCACGUGUACGCCAUGACCCGCGCGGCGAGACACCUGACGCCGGCGGGAGAACUCAACGAGACCUUCGGCGGGAUGGAGCAGGUGAAGUUUAUGAAGAAGAUGGCCGAGACGGCCGACCUGGACAGAGUCAUCCGAAUGUUACCGAGGAUCAAGAAGCACAUCCUCAACCCCGCCCACAUGAGGUGUGCCAUCAACACGACGCCGCAGAACAUGUCCAACACGUCGGCGCAUUUGGAGAGUUUCAUGAAGGACGUCGCCGGGACCUGGAAAACACGCAAACCCGUCCGCGCGAAUAUCGUUGAGAGGCCUCUUGACCCGCUGGACGCCGCCGGACUGAGUCGGAAACUCAUUUCCGAUCUGAGCUUCCAGCCGUGUCAGAUGAAGACGUUCUUCCAGCUUCCCUUCCCCGUGAACUUUGUCAGCGAGAGUAUUCGCGCGGUGCCGUUCUGCCACGAGGACUACGCCAGUUUGGGCAUCUUGGCGAGGAUGAUGACGGCGAAGUUCCUCCACGGAGAGAUCCGGGAGAAGGGCGGAGCCUACGGGGGCGGGGCCAGGAUGGGAGGAGGGCUCUUCACCUUUUACUCGUACAGGGACCCCAACGCGGUGCAGACGUUGUCGGCGUUCCGGAGAGGCGUCGACUGGGCGAAGUCGGGACGCUUCACCCAGCAGGACGUCGACGAGGCCAAACUGUCCGUGUUCUCAGCCGUCGACUCGCCAGUGGCCCCCGCGAGCAAAGGCAUCGGGCGUUUCCUCAGCGGCGUGACCGACGAGGAGCUGCAGCGCCACCGGGAGCGCCUCUUCGCCGUGUCUCAGCGCAGUCUGCUGGACGUGGCCGCGAGGUACCUCGGCGCCGGUCACGGGACGUGUGGCGUCGCCAUCUUGGGUCCAGAGAACGAGGCGAUUAGGAAAGAUCCCUCGUGGAUCGUUAAAUGAAGAAACUACAAUACUGGAAGAUAAACUCGUGUUCUAGAUUUAAACUGGUUUUUUUAAACAUGCAUUAUGUUGUGAUCAUUGCACUUCAGUAUUAUAUCUGGAAAAACUAAA